AAAAUUUGGAGAUGGUUGGGAAGACACUGCCAAUUUCUUCCAAAAACCCCAAUUCAAAUCAAAACAUGGCUUCGAAGAGUGUGGCUUCCGCUUCUUCCAUUGUUUCAGUUUCUUCCAAAGGGCUUUUGUUUCAACGCCGGCUUCACACCUUCCUACAGAACUGCAGAACAGGUAAGAUUACCCCAACUGAAGCAUUACAUUUCUUUGACCUAAUGAUGCACUCCAGUCCUACUCCUCCAUUUAGGUUGUAUAUGCCUGAUGUGGUUACUUAUGGGACUUUAAUCAAGGAGCUCUGUCGAACGGGGAAUGUUAACAUUGCACUUAAGUUGCAUCAAGAAAUGCUCAAUGACACUGGUCAAUAUGGGAUUAAUUGUAAGCCUAAUGUUAUUUGCUAUCAUAUAAUUAUAGAUGGACUUUGUAAGUUUUGUUGUAGUGGAAACUGGAAGGAGGCUAAACGUUUGUUAAAUGAGAUGGUGGAUCAAGGUGUUCAACCAAACGUGGUCACAUUCAAUGUGUUGAUUGAUAUGUUUUGCAAGGCAGGAAAGGUUAUCAAGGCUAAGGAAUUGCUAGAGUUAAUGACUCACAGAGGUACCCUUCCUGAUUUGUUUACUUAUAAUUCACUGAUUGAGGGGUUUUGUUUGGUUGGUGACCUAAAUGGUGCCAAUGAGCUAUUCGUUAGUAUGCCAAGCAAGGGAUGUGAACCUGAUGUGAUUAGCUACACUGUGUUAAUCAAUGGGUAUUGUAAAUCCUUGAAGGUGGAAGAAGCAAUGAAACUUUAUAAUGGAAUGCUUCAAGUGGGAAAGAGGCCAGAUGUGAAAACAUAUGGUGCCUUGUUAACAGGGCUUUUUCUGGCAGGUAAGGUUGGUGAUGCAAAGAAACUAUUUGGUGUCAUUAAAGCUUAUGGUAUUCCCGAAGCGGGGAAACUUGAAACUGCUUGGGAGCAAUUCGAAAAACUAUCCCAGGAAGGUCUUCAACCAGAUGUUGUGACUUAUUCCAUUAUGAUCCAUGGGUUUUGUAAAGGGGGACAAGUAGAUAAAGCAAAUAUUUUAUUUCAGAAGAUGAAAGAAAACGGUUGUACUCCCAACAUAAUUACGUAUAGUACCCUUUUGUGUGGUUUCUGCGAGAGUAAUAAAUCAGAUGAGGUGGUUCAACAGAUGGUUCAGAAGGAUGUGUUGCCAGAAGCUGGCAUUUGCACCAUAGUCGUAGACAUGGUUUGCAAAGAUGAAAAAUAUCAAGAAUGUCUAGACUUGCUUCGAAAGUUUCCUAUCCAAAAGCGGCAACGCUGA